AUGCCCGCCCAAGCACCAACCACAGGCCGCCUAAUCUCGCACUUCGAAGAUCGCGAGACCCCCGACCACGGGAAAGCAUGGUCCGAUCUGUGGGACUCCGGGGAAAGUGACCUCUGGGACCGAGGUCUCCCUUCCCCGGCUCUGAUUGAUCUUAUUGAAGAGUAUGACACGACACUGUUCUAUCCUUUCCGCAAAACGGAAUCUGGGGAGAGGAACUGGAGGAAGAGUGUACUUGUGCCGGGCUGCGGCCGAGGCUACGACGUAAUCGCACUCUCGCUCCACGGCUUCGACGCCUACGGGCUCGAAAUAUCCGCCACGGCUAUAUCAGAGGCGCAGGCGCUCGCACAGACGGAACUCGCCUCGCCGUCUGCGGAGAAUUUCGGAGCGCGUAGGACUACGAGCACAACUGCACUACACGGCCAUGGUAAUGACGCCGAAGAUCUCUCCCUUUCCCCCGGAACGCCGAGAUUCCUUCAGGGCGAUUUCUUCGACUCGUCCUGGUCGGAUGCGCUAGGGGUUCAGUUUGAUGUUGUUUAUGAUUAUACCUUUCUGUGCGCACUGCAUCCGAGUCUGCGGGGACGCUGGGCGGAGCGGAUGAAGGGAUUGCUAAAGCCUGGUGGGCUGUUGGUCUGCUUGGAGUUUCCGAUGUAUAAGGAUCCUGGGCUGCCGGGGCCGCCCUGGGGAGUGAAUGGGGUGCAUUGGGAGCUUCUUGCUGGUGGGGAUUCAGGGACAGGGGCAUUUACUAGGAAGCUGUAUGUGCGGCCGGAGAGGACGUAUGAGGUUGGGAAGGGGACGGAUAUGAUUAGUGUUUAUGAACGGAAGCGCGAAAGCGAGGAUUUGUGA